AUGUUGUCAACAUCGUUACGCCGGGCCGUAUGGGCGCCUCUGUCUGGCAUACCCCGUUCCGCCCAGAAUGUUCCUUCUACCGGUCUGCUCAGUGCGACCGGCCAUGUGCAACAGCGUCGGUACUCCUCAUCUUCCUCCAAACCUCCGGUCCCGCCCAGCGAUGGCUCUCGUCGCAUGGAUACCUCGACUCCGGCCAAGGGUGUGAACUCUUCCGGCGAAAAGGGCAAGGCGGCCCGCCGCCGCGGCAAGGACAACAGUGCCCGCAACGGAUCCAAGGCUAGCCAACAGCAUGCGGCAUUUUCGAAGCUACCCAGUGUCCCCUCGACACAGCACCGACAGCCGCAUGACGUUCAUGUCGCUUCAUUCUUCUCCAUUCACCGCCCGAUCUCCGUGACCACCACAGUUCCCCCGACCUCAUCCACCGAAGCCUUCGAUGCGAUCUUCUCGUCAAAGAAGUUCCUCAAGAACGAGCCAGAAGAUGUCAUCUUCACCCUUUCCUCGACAGCCCAGAACAUGGAGUCCUUGGCCAAUGGCAUGUCGGAGCCCGAGGACCAGUUCGGCCAGCUCCAGCGGAGCUUCACGAGCGAUCCUAACGGUGAUCUCCAGAUGUUCGAUGGCGCCGAGUCCAAUAUGUCUGUGGAAGACUACGUUCGUCGCCUGCGUCCCUUCAACCCUCCUCCCCCACCCACACCCAUGGAGAUGAACUCCUCCGAAGCCAUGGAGUCCGAAGUCCAGAAUCAGCGCGAGACUUCAACCUACUCCACCGUGCUCACAAUUCGGGAAACUCGUAACUCCGAUGGUCGCAAGACCUACGAAGCCUCCACUGGUCCCUUUGUUCGUGACCCCGAGCUCGGCAUCACCAUUGACGCACCUGGCUCGACUUCCGGUAUGACCUACGUGGAGCGCCGUCGCCAUAACCAGACCAUCCACGCCAUCAGCACCAAGCGCCGCCGCAAGGUCAAGAUGAAGAAGCACAAGUUCAAGAAGCUGAUGCGGAGAACGCGUACUCUUAGACGGAAACUCGACAAGGCUUAG